GAUUCUCUCGUCCACGUCAUGAGGAGCGUCUGCACUUCAUGAGGAGCGUCUGCAGGAUUUCCGGAUUUCCAGGAUUUAUUUUCAGGAUUUGGGUCCCGGUGGCGUGGAUUUGUAGCUCUGCGUUAGAUUCGGGAUAUGUGCCGCUCACCCCUGAGUGAAACGCUGUCAGGGUCGGAUGGGAUGGGGCAGGAGCGAGCGGCAGCAGAAGCAGCAGCAGGAGAAAAUCUGAUACGAGAGGAGACCGAGCUCCCCUGACGCCGGCGUUCCUGAUCCAAGGCGUCCGUUCCUGACCUACGAUGGAAAAGCUGCUGGUGGUCCUGUUGUUGAUGGGAAUGGCAGCGAGGGCGCAGAUCUGUCCCAAACGCUGCGUAUGCCAAAUUCUGUCCCCCAACCUGGCGACGCUCUGCGCCAAAAAAGGGCUCCUGUUCGUCCCGCCCAACAUCGACCGGCACACGGUGGAGCUGCGACUGGCCGACAACUUCGUCACCAGCGUCAAGCGCAAAGACUUCUCCAACAUGACCAGACUGGUGGACCUGACGCUGUCCAGGAACACCAUCAGCUACAUCACGCCUCAAGCCUUCGCCGACCUGGAGAACCUCCGCGCCCUGCACCUCAACCACAAUCGCCUGACCCGGCUAGGUAACGACACCUUCAGCGGCAUGUCCAAGCUGCACCACCUGAUCCUCAACAACAACCAGCUGAUCCACAUCCACCUGGAAGCCUUCAACGACCUCCUGGCCCUGGAGGAGCUGGAUUUGUCCUACAACAACCUGGAGAGCAUACCCUGGGAGGCCAUCCAGAAGAUGAUCAGCCUCCACACGCUCAGCCUGGACCACAACAUGAUCGAUUUCAUUCCCGAGGGGACGUUCUCCUUGCUGCAGAAGCUGAACCGACUGGACGUGACCUCCAACAAGCUCCAAAAGCUCCCGCCGGACCCUCUUUUCCAGCGGGCACAGGUCCUGGCCACCUCCGGGGUGCUCACCUCUUCUUCCUUUGCUCUCAGUUUUGGCGGGAACCCACUGCACUGCAACUGCGAACUGCUCUGGCUCCGGAGGCUGAGCCGAGAGGAUGAUUUGGAGACCUGUGCCACCCCGGCGCACCUCUCCGGGAGAUACUUCUGGUCCAUUCAGGAGGAGGAGUUCCUGUGUGAGCCCCCCCUCAUUACGAGGUACUCCCACGAGAUGAGGGUGCUCGAGGGUCAACGAGUGACCCUGAAGUGCAAGGCAAGAGGCGACCCUGAACCGGUCAUCCACUGGAUCUCACCCGACGGGAAGCUGGUCUCCAACUCCUCACGUACGCUGAUCUUCCCCAACGGGACGCUGGACAUCCUGAUCAGUACGGUGAAGGACACCGGAUCCUUCACCUGCAUCUCCUCGAACCCGGCGGGCGAGGCCCACCAGACCAUCGAGCUCAUCAUCAUCAAGCUCCCGUACAUCAGCAACAGCACCAACAACAUCCAGGAGCCCGACCCGGGGUCCUCCGACAUCUCCACCUCCACCAGAACCGGAGCAAACGGGAGCAACCACACGGCUGACCCCAAAUCUGGCUCGGACCGGCGAGUGGUCAUCGCCGAGGCCACGUCCUCCAACGCCCUCAUCAAGUUCAACUUCCAACGGAAUAUUCCAGGAAUACGCAUGUUCCAGAUCCAGUACAACGGAACCUACGACGACUCGCUGGUCUACAGAAUGAUCCCUCCGACGAGCAAGAACUUCCUGGUGAACAACCUGGCAGCAGGAACCCAGUACGACCUCUGCGUGCUCGCCAUCUACGACGACGCCGUCACCUCCCUGACCGCCACCAGGGUCGUGGGCUGCGUCCAGUUCACCACCGAGUCCGAGUACCUCCGCUGCCACUUCAUGCAGUCGCAGUUCCUGGGCGGGACCAUGAUCCUGAUCAUCGGCGGCAUCAUCGUGGCGUCGGUCCUCGUCUUCAUCAUCAUCCUCAUGAUCCGCUACAGGGUGUGCAUGAGGGGCGGCCGCGCCAAGGGGACCGCCGGCGUCGGGACGCAGUCCGACUCCGCCCUCAGUCCCACUGCCAGCAAAGAGAACGCCGUGGCCUCCCCGAGCGGGAACGACUGCCAAAAGAGUCUCGCUCCCUUCCCGGACUCGGUAACCCAGUCGUCGGAGACGUCCCUCCCCGAGGGCUCCACCGACACCUCCCUCCUGAGCCAGAAUUGGGACACGACCGGCGGCUCUUCCGGGUCAUUAAAGCCGAAACGGCGACCCGCGCCCAAGCCGGACGCCAAAACGGAGCCGCCGGUCAACCCCGAGACUCAGAACACCAACCGUAACAACUCGAAAACGCCGCUCCUGCCGGUUCCCCCUUCUGGCCCGGCGCCCUUGUUGCCUUCUCGCUUCAGAGACACUCCCGUCCUGCGGAGGGCGCCGCCCCGCCACUCCGUAUGUAAAUAUCGCACACUGCCGACGGAGGGCAAGCGAGCCGCGCGCAGGUACUCGCUGAACGAGGACUUAUCCAAGCACCACUGCUACAUCGGCAAGCAGAAACGGUGUAGGCGGAGCAUAUCCAUGAGCGGCAUGCUAGCCGGCGCGGACGGCGCGCUUUUAGACGCUAGCAGAGACGCGCAUUCCAGUUCCGAGUGGAUCCUGGAGAGCACCGUAUGAGCGAGUGAACGUUCAGCUUCGUUUUCUUUCCUUUCACCUCGUUCAAAAGAAAUUGGACGGUAGCGCUCGGCCGUUUCACUCCGGAUGAUGGGAAUGAGUCGCGUCCAAAUAACCAAGCGCUGAUUCUGAUGAAGUGCAGGUCAAAAGUUUACAUACACCCGGGACGAUGGGCUGGAGCGUCGUGACGCUGUUGAGAGUUGAACGAGUUCUGCGGCGUCCUGUUCUGUGACUGAACGACUAGAACAAUAUACGUGUCAUAUCCAGUUCCCUCCCUGUCACAAAUCCGCUUCUUAUCACCUGCCAGCCUUGGGUUCCCACACAGUGCCACGCUAAGCUCUAUUCUGCCCAGUCGUGUUUGCGUGGAGCCCUGGACAGGUCACUUGGACCUCGCCAGUUCCAACACUCUGCCGUGGCGUGCUAGCAUGUUAGACUGGCGUUAUAGCUCUUUUAAUCAACCUCAAGCGAAUAGUACUACCACCACCAUGCUUUACAGGACACACAGGAAUCUUCUGCUUCCACUGCUGUCCACAAAUCUCUAAAAAUCUCGAUCUCUUGUCGUUGCUGCUACGCCCACCCUCGAACAAGGAGGGCCUGAGGCUGUCCCGAGCCCCCUCCGACCCCCAUGCAGACCCCCAUGCAGCUGACCGCUUCUUUUCACCUACCAGAGAUGCAGUAUUGCAUGUGAUCAGCCACUCCCUGUGCAGGCGCCUCGAUUGGCCAGCAGAGGUCGUCACUGCACUAGCAUAAAGGAACCCUGUUACAGCCAAUCGUGAGUCUGUAUAGCAGAACCCCAGAGCUCGAGAUCUCAGCACCAGGCUUUGUUUGAAGGCUCACGUAAAUAAGUUAGUCCGACAGCAAACGAGUUGAUCUACGCUCCCGUCUGAAUAUUUAUAAAAAAUUUAAUGAUUUCCGAUCGUUCAGUCACAGAAAAGGCGGCGCUCAGUGCUCAGCGUGGUUCAGUCCGGCGUGUGUUCGUGUGCAUGUGAGUUUUAUUUUUUUAUUCUGUUUCCCUGGGCACCGGCGGAUAAAAGAAGGACCGUCGCCUUGAGGAAAUUUCCUCUCUUUGUUCGCGAGAUGAACUCCGGCCGAGCGGGGACAAUAACGGACCGAGGGGGAAAAUUGUUCACACAAAAAAACCUUUCUGUCCACGGAGACGCCGAAGGAGGAGCAGGAGGAGGAGGAGCAGGAGGAGGAGGACGAGGAGGAGCAGGAGAAGGAGGAGCAGGAGGAGGAGGAACAGGAGGAGGAGCAGGAGGAGGAGGAACAGGAGGAGGAGGACGAGGAGGAGCAGGAGAAGGAGGAGCAGGAGGAGGAGGAGCAGGAGGAGGAGGACGAGGAGGAGCAGGAGAAGGAGGAGCAGGAGGAGGAGGAACAGGAGGAGGAGCAGGAGGAGGAGGAACAGGAGGAGGAGCAGGAGGAGGAGGAGCAGGAGGAGGAGCAGGAGGAGGAGGAGGACGAGGAGGAGCAGGACGAGGAGGAGCAGGACGAGGAGGAGCAGGAGAAGGAGGAGCAGGACGAGGAGCAGGACGAGGAGGAAGUGUUACGGAACGGAGAGAGAAAAUCACCUGUUAUUAAAUUCUUAUUUUUUACUGAGGAAACGAAACAGAUUUUCAUGCGCUGACGUGGAGAAAUCGCCUUUAUUUAAAGGCCCCAAAAAAAAGAGAGAAAAAAAUCAGUGUACAGAAAAAACUCAACAUCUCCUGAACUGGUUUUGUUGUUCAAUAAUAAAAAUAAAAAAUAAAAUUAACCCAAA